UCAGUGCUCGUCACCCUGGCACAGAGAGCCAUGUGGCAGCAGAAUUGUUCAAACUUGCCUCGCUAGCUGUGUUGGGCUUGGUCCAGUUGUGGGUGAUGGGCGUGUCGACGUUUGUUCAACCAUGACAGCUACCCUGGAAUUGAAUAGUUGCCGCAAGAAGCUGGAAGCGGCCUUGGGUCAAAAUGUGGCGGCCAGUAACGGGCGGGAGCUGUACUUUACUCAAAUGAAGAAUUGGUUUCGCAAGCGCAUCACCAAGGAAGCCUUUGACCAAGAAGCCCGGCAACUCCUCCUCGCUCAACACACGCAUCUUCACAACGAGUUCUUACUUGCCAUUCUCAACAAAUGCCAAACAUUGGCCAGUUUCGCGGGCACCAGCGCCCACAACAACAGCCAUGGGCUCAUCCCCCAGCCUCAGGCUCAUCAGUUGGGCUCGAAUUCGGCGGUGUUGGUGAGUGCAGCCGCGGGUUCAGGUGUUGUUUCAUCACGGCCUCGGGCCAGAAGCGGGAGUUCGGCCGAGCCGGCAAGUGGCGAGGCCCUCAACUCUUUUGCCCCGGCCCAUUCUCCGCGGCUCCGUCGGGGCAACAUCAAGGCCCAGUCCAAGACGAGCCAUCGCGUCUGUUUCGAGCAACGGUUCCAAGCCGUGAACGUGAACAGCGUGGCGCCCAACUUGGACGAGUUGGACCUGUACGAGGAAGAACGAGAGCUGGGAUUCUGUGCUCGCCAAUCGCCUGCUCUGCCGGAUCGCUCGCUCGUUCACGGUCGCAUGUUGCUCACGGCCUGGGAAGAAGGUCUAGAUUCAGUUGAAGACGACACAGUGCGGUUGGUCGAGGAGGCAGUCGGACGUCUCCUACGUCAACUGAUCUGGGCCCUGGUCAUGCAACGUAAUGGUUAUCGUCUGCGUGAUGGUUGCUUUCCUCACACGGUGGGAGUAGGGGUGCCUAAUUCCUUUCUCAUUAAUUCACAAAAUCGCAUGGACAGUGCCCAGGGUGGAUUGUCCGAUGUGACGGAUACGAUCGACCCUCAUUUAUUGGGAAAAUCAACGGAAAUGGAUCCGUUAGUACCGGCCGGACGCCCAUUAGUUUACCAUGCUGAGCGACAAGCUUUGAUGGAUUUGGCGUGUUCUUACACUGGAUAUGCCCCCAUUUCGCGGCUAGAACCGAGUCUUUACCGACCGCGGGCGGAUCGCACACCCAUAUCCGUAUUAGAACUGUUGGCUGUGAUUACCCGAAAUCGAUCCCUUAUCCCUACUCAUUCGGUAUAUGCUCUCAAUGUUGAACGUGUUAUUGCACGUCUGAAUCAUGCUGAUUAUAUUGACUAAUAAAUCAUGCCUUGGUUUCACAUUUUAACUUGAAAAUGUCUAGAAUGUCAUCAUUCACACCACGCUCUUGUCACGACCCUUUCAG